AUGGCUGCUUUUAGGGCAUGGCGCACGAUCGGAGGCAUCUCCGCGUGCUUCUUCCUGACGGCAAUCGCGAUCAUUGCGGGAUACCUCAUGAUCCACCCCAACUUCUGGAUAGGCGGGCAACCGCCAGUGAAGGUGCCGGAAGUGUUCACUUUCGCGGAUAAGGAGCAACCCACGACACUCACCAAGAAGCCAGUCAUCCUAGAUCGUAUUAUAAGACCGAAACACUACGCCGUCGAUAUCAUCAACCAGAAGCCCAGAUAUGUAACCCUAUACAAAAUCAAGAAUUCGUUCAAGGACACGCACUACAUCAACCAGAUCGUACACAGAAAUAUAGACAUCAGUAUCAACCCGCCCGACGCCACGGAAGGGUUGCCAAAUGACGGGAUCGUGUAUAUGCGCUACCAGAAGUGUGAUUGCUGUUCGAAGGUCGCGGUGCACUACAGGAAACAGGGUAGGGUCUUCCUAGAUGAGUACAUAAGGCGCAACGCGGAAGCGGUAUACGUCGAGGCGAGGGAGGCCAAACAGCACCAUCACGGCGAACCGGUGCACAUGGAUACGCUGAUGGUGGAAAACCAGCUUGUGGUCAAAAUGAUGAUGCAGAAUGCGACGGGAGAAUCGCUCAUAACACCGGCGCACAACGUACAGGUUUCAGUGCCCAGGACAGCCUAUGGAAACAACACGUUCGUAGUCACCUGGAAGUUCGAGUACAGCAUACCGGACGAAAGGUUAACGGAUGUCAUAUACGUUGACUUCGAAGUUAAUAGCGAGACGUUCAGCCUCCCUAACACGGCCAGGGAUAUAUUUGUCAAGAAGGCUACGUACCAAAACGGCGCAUACCGAGUUAUACCUGCCGAGGGCGAUGAGUUCGAGCACUUGUACAGAACACGGUAUUUGUUCUUACACGAUGAAAGACAUCACAUAUUGCGCCAUCUCUUCGUAGUGGACAAGGAGAAUCCAAACGUAGCCAAGGUCUAUCUCAUCGUAUACAACGAGCUCCUGUCCAUUAUCUCUUGUGUAGUGGUCGAAGCUUUCUACAGGAAGGGGGCCUGGGCUGUAGGAAAUAACAUAGUGGAACGCUACGACCUGCCGAGCACGGAAUUUGUAUCGGCGCACGUCGUCGUGCCACAUGUUGGGAAAUUGAAGCCACGAUUGUAUCCGCAGAAUUUCAAAUAUGCGCACGAGUAUCAUGAUGAACUAUCGUAUUAUGUUGACAAGAUACAAUUCGACGAUCGCAGCAAGAUUGAAGCUCAAGCCUCGGUGUUGGAGCGUGAAACACGCAUAAGCCAGCACGCGGUUGAAUCUGCCUACACCCCCAGAACACCUGCGGUAAUAAACACGGAUCCCAUCACGCUCGCCCUGGGCCUAAAUACGCCUCCUGAGAUCACGCGGGUUAUGCUCGCACCAGACGAUACCAUCCGUUACUACACGGUGGCGGAGGAGUAUCGGCACGAAAACCGCCUCAAGCGAGUUGCGUUCGACAAUUUCAAGUUCUCAUUGUACGACAACGUCAACGAUUUGGAACACUCCCCUGACUAUGUCACCGGAGUCACGCACUAUACGCUGCCUGGCUGGAGUAAAAUCGACAUCGAGUUCUCACGAGACGGCAAGCCGCGGUUCGAGCAGUAUAUGAAGACCGAAGAGAGCUACGGGUUCACGGAGACAUUGGGAGCUAUGAUGUCCGACCAAAACAAACCGUAUCUGCUGGAUAACGUUAUAUACAAGGGUGUGCUCGUCCUCAAGCUCAUGCUGCAAAACAAUAAAGGGGCAUCGCUAAUCGAUCAUAAUGUCAGCCCAAGCAUUGUGGUGCACCUCAAUGGGAGCAACCAGUCGUGGUCUAUGACGUACCUUGUCCCGAUAGCGAUGCCCAAUGUGGAUUUCAGCCACAGGCUACAGCUCAAACUGACUUGUGAAAACAAUGCUGUCAAGGUCGAACCUGCCAAGGAACGCGUGAUCAAGGUGACCAACGGCCCACACGGCGCAGUUAUUAAGCCUGCGGAAAUCGAACCCUCGAUGGCACCGCAUGUAUCCUCUAUGAGCGAGAAAAAGCAUUACAGUAUCAUACAACACAUUAUGGUGCAUGAGAAUGACGACGAGGAUCAGUUGUCGCUAUAUUCGUUCAUCUACGAUGGAGAACGUGCGGCGCUCAUCUGUACCGUGCGACCGUACAUAAGUAUAUACGGUGUCUGGCAAUCCGGCCAUCCAAACCACUCGUUUAAAGUGGACGCAUCCACGGGUGCCAGGGUAGGUUCGGUGGAUGUAUUUAAAUACCCUUGCGUCAACUAUCACCCGGUGACGCUAGUGAUCGCUGAUAUAAAUAACAUGCCCGCCGUUUACCCGCAGGCAGCAGGACGUGUACGUAGAGUCAAGCAGACGAAUAUAUUCACCGUUAGCCUGCUCAAAGAUGGGAAAUUCGCCAUAUCGGAUAUACAUUUCACCGAUCUGUUGUGGAUACACAUGUCAGGUAUGCCCAAAACGCCGAUCGAACUCAACCUGCAACAACCGAUACAGCAAGAAAUACAGGCCUUGCAGUGGAGAAAUGGCGAAACCAGGUACUACGCCGUGAAGACCGAUUUCGGAUCAACGCACUACAUCGAGACGCUUAUUUACAACGGUCUGUAUUAUAAGGUUGAUGACGAUGGACAGGAUCACGGAGACAAGACUGCCAUCAAUUCUGUCAGGGUUAUCAGUACACGCAGCGAAGAAACUGUGUAUAUUCAAUACACAUACAACGCAGUUCCCAAGGCGACCUGCUUCUACAGGGAAUUGCCCGAAGGCGCCUUUGUUGAGACUAUUGGAUGUAAACAAUUACAGGAGUACUUGCCGACCAUGAUCACCGCGGUGCUACAUGGAGAUAGGCUCGCGCUAAAUGUUACACUAGAGAACGAAAAGGGUCAAUCACUGUUAGAUCCAAACAGGAGGCCCAGCAUAUUAGCUUUCAUCGGCGACGAAGAACACCAGCCCAAGCUUAGGUUGGCUUUGCCGAUCAAACUCCCAGACUUGGAAGUCAAAGACCUUAUAGAUAUGGCUUUCAUCGUCUCAAAUGGAAAGUUUGUACACGAAAAUAUACCUGGGAAAUCAAAUGGGCGAGUUGUAAGAUACGAUGACAAAGGAAAGCCAUACGUCGCACCGGCUGUGGGUGAACAAUUCCGGACUCUGGUAGGAACGCAAAUGAGAAAGUUGCUCUGGGAAAAGCUCGUCUUGCUGAAAGUGAUAAUCGUGCCACACAAGGGACGAGUGACACAUGCGGACGUUUAUAGUUUUAUUUACUGGCCCUUGAAUGCAGCUGUCUUCGCAAAUGUGCAGAGCGCGGUAUUGCAGCGAGGCCGCUGGUUGCUAAAGCCAGUGCCAGUUGACAGGUUCCAUGUGCCGCCUGGCAAUGUUGCACAUGUUGCCUUCUUCAUGCCGCCGAAUGAUAUUGUAGAGCCGACACUGUACCCUCAAUCUGAUGGGCUCGUGCGGCAACUCGUUGCGAAGAACUACUAUGCGGUGAAUCUCAUCAGAAAUCGCGAAUGUGCGGAAACGGAUAUACAAUACGAGGCUAUACCGGUGGUAAAGAUUGAUGAAAUGCCAAGGGAGGCCAUUGUACUGGACUUGGCGCAGUCAAUACCGCCGGAGAUACAGGUUGUAUCCACAUCGGCUGACACGCGUUACUACGACGUGAAAUGGCAGUUCCGUCAUACACAUUUCAUUAGCGAAAUCGUAUACAAAGGUCUGCAAUUCACCGUUAUAAAGGAUGGUGGAGGACUCUAUCGUCCAGAAGAUUCGAUUAUAGAUGUCGAGGUUAUUCGAAUGAGUGGACGGGACUAUCUAAACGUGCACUACAUCAGAAGUGGGGGAAACCGCUACCGUCAGUACGUUAAGGCUGACGACGCGAUCGAGUUUACCCUGACUGAAUUCGGAACGCGUGCAGCUGAUGCGCCGCCGUAUGGGCUGGACUACGUCACGCACAGUGGAACGGUUGUGCUCAAACCUAGGUUGCGGUCUGUGGACGGAACCUCGCUUAUCGAUGAAAGCGGGCAACCUACCCUUAUAACUCAUCGUGGCAGCGGGAUACAAACUUCCUUCAGAGUUGCUUUGCCGCUCAAGUAUCCGGGAACUGACGUAAAAGAUAGGCUACAAUUGUCUUUCAACUUGAAUCGUGGGCGGCUCGUUCUGCAGAAUUUCGAAAACGCUAAUGUCGCAUACAACGCGAUCGUGGAGGACGGCGAUACUAAAAGAUUUGAACCUGCGACGGCGCCAGUCUUCAACGAGAUCAGUGAUGUCAAAACCGUCACAUUCGACGGACGAAUCCAUCGAGUGGUUCAGGGGGCAGUGGUGCCAAUGCGCGAUGAGACCGACAAAGCCACCGUAUACUUCUUUUUGUUCGAUUUCCAAAAGGCAAUAUUAUCGUGCGUAACGAGUGAAACAAAAAUGGUUGACGGAGUCUACCAGUAUACAGGAGUGUUGCGACAGAAAUUCUUAUACCCGGCGAAAAACAUAUCACAAGUUCGCUUUGAUAUACCCAUCAGUAAAACGGAAAAUUGCGUCGUACACCCUGAGGAUGCAGCGACGGUAGUGGAGCUGGCUCCAAACUGGUAUGCGUUGAGUCUUGCAAAGGUCGAAAGCCCAGAUGACUACCGCUUGCAUCCGUCUGACGCCGCCUUCAUCGGAGCCAGCGGAAUGCCCAGGUUGCCUAUCAUGGUAAAACUAAAUGAGCUCAAGCAGAGGGAGGAAGUUCAGGUAAUCCAACUUACACAGCCGCGAGGGUUGUAUUACAAUGUGCACCCUACGUUCACUCCAACGCAUGUUAUCACUAGCCUCGACAUCUAUGGGCUCGAUGGCCUAGUGCUUGGCGGAGAGAGUAGUGGCACUGCUUCCUCUACGGAGAUCUUCUAUGUCCACAAGACUUCGGUUGGCUCAUGGGAGAGACUCGCCAUAUAUGGAAAAAUGGGUAUUGCGUUUUUCUUCAAGGAAUAUCUCAAGAACGACUCUCACUACCAGCUCGUUAAAGGUAGUAUGGUGCCAAAGACUGACGCGCCUUAUAUGUUCUCCACUCUGUUGUGCCAUGAACGCGUCGCGCUCAGAGUACACUUGCAAAGCGUGCAUGGGGCGACGCUUAUUGACAAGUCGGAGUUUCCCACUGCAGCUAUUUACAUUGGUGAAGGAAUUGAGACCGGGAUGCUGUUCUUUGGUAUACCUAUACGGUACCCGCAUACAACAGUGAAAGACCGUUUGCAGUUGAAAUUCGUAAUAGGCUAUGAUAGCAUGGAGUAUGAACCACAUUGGAAGAGGGGGCCAAAGAACGAGACUGUAGUCUAUGGAAGCAACGGAAACUACACAAUCGAACAUCGAAGAUUCACGGAAUACGCAGAAUACCUCAACUACAAUGGCGGUAUCAGGGAAAAGAACGCGCAGCAGUAUGUCAUCAAGUCGGUGCUCGUGCCCGAACGUGCCGCAAACGCGUCCAGGGCACAAGUCUACACUUUCAUGAUUGACAACGUGACCAGGAUACUCACUUGCCGCUCUGCGCUCGCUACUAUGGUGGACGGUGUCUGGAGGAUAGCACCCAAACCGGAUGUCGACUAUGCAUUCCCCUCCUCGGCAUUCGGGUCUGCAGUAAUUGACGUCAUGCCCGACGCCUUCGCUGCGGCGCCAGUAAUAUACCCGAAAGAAGCUGGGGAAUUAAAGGUGGUCGAUGAGCAUAUCUUUGUCGUCAAGCAGAACAACACGCGUGUAGAUGUGGUGUCGGACGUCCAUCCGACGGAUGUCAACAACAUGCGGAGUCACUCGUUCCCCAUUAUGCCCAUUGACCUGGAUAUAGAGGAGGAGAUGCCGGCAGAGGUCGCUGUAGAGGAUGCCUUCGCAAUGUCACAUUUCAUACGCAGGCUCAAAUAUCGCGAACUUGAUGCACUCAUACAGACUCGUGAAGAAGCCAUGCGGCACAUUGCCGAUAAGCUCUCCGUCGUCAAGGAGUGCAACGAAACUCACGAGCUUAUUUUCGUAGUACUGCCAAAUGAGAAGAGGCGAAUUGCGGAGUUACCUCUAAAAAUCGACUGA